AUGCUCCAGGACCGGUCCGUGGAGGGAGUACGGAACCAGCUCGAUGGGCCCAUCACUGCCCUUCGGGUCCGAGUGAACUGGGUGAGGUGCGUCUCCCCCAGGCUGCAGGUGCGUUACGGCUCUCAGUGGAGCGACUACGUGGGUGGCUCCUGGGGGGCGGAGGAGAUUUCCCUGCACCCCGGCGAGUCGGUCGUGCAGGUGUCGGGGAAGGACAAGCUCUACCUGCGCCGGCUGCUCUUCACCACGGACAGGGGCCGCCACUUCUCCUUCGGCAAGGACACAGGCACCGUCUUCAACGGCCCCCUGCACCUCCGCACCGUCCUGCGCUACCCGAGCGGCCGCGCCGGGGCUGCCGUCGACGCCCGCGGCUUCCACUGGGACGCCUACCCCGGCCACUGCCCACGCUGCGAGCCGGGCGCCCGGCCAGGGGCUGGCCUGGGGGGCUGGGGCGAGCACGGGCCCAUAGGAGGCGCUGUUCUGGAGGGCCCUGGGGGGCCGGAUAGUCUGGCAGGUGUUGGGGGGAGCAUGGAGCUACAGGUCCCCGCAGCGAACACCGGCGUCCGUGACACCAGUCAGCGAGGAAUAGGGACCGUCCGCGACCCUGGUGAAAACGAGACGCCCGCGCGUGAGCACGACUAA